AACGUAGCGGCAUUCGACGACAGCCGUGCGAGGUUAAAGCAACAACAUAGACACAACACUGACAAGCCACCCACAAUUCACAAUUUACAAUCCACCACCCACAAUUUACAAUCCACACUCUACAAUCAAUUAAAAUGGGCGGCUGUUGCUCCAAGGAUUUGGAUGAUAAGCGCUCCUGGAGUCCCGAAGAAACCAAAAAUGGCAGCACCACAUCAACGAUAAUAGCACAGCCCAUGGACGAUGUGGGCAGCACUGGAGUUUUUACCUUGACGCGCACAACAACAACAACAACAACAGUUGAGAAGCCAACACAUGUAGCAGCAGCAACAACAACAAUAAUAACAACAGCAGGUGAUUCUGCCGAGGAUUAGCCGAACCUAACCCAACUUCUUUUUUUUUUUAUUGUUGUUUUAAGUAAAUAUGUACAUACAUGUGUGUAUAUAAGUGUGCAUAAGUAUAUAUAUAUUUAUAUCCUAUAUAUAUAAACAUUUCAUUUAAUUCAA